AUGCGCUGGAUUUUCGCGUUCCUACUACCUACUAUUCUUCAAUCCCAACCAUUCCGAAGUGUUCAGAAUCCGAAAGGAAGGGUUGUGCCCGAAUUAGACAUUGUGUAUGUCGAAUGGAAGGCACCCGAUGGACAGCAGAACCUCAUUUUCACUGUUCGCCAUAAGACCGGCGAUCCUACGGAGCCAUGGAAAUACAUUCGAACCCAUGUGCCAAAUGUUAGGGUUCCAAUGACCACUUACCGAAAUGGAGAUAAAAUGCACAUACAGAUAAAAACUGAACAAGAUGGUAACAUUGUCGACGAUUUUGGAAACGAGAUUAUUGUGGAUAUAUUUGGAAAGCAGAAUGAAACCCCACAAAGGGCAAUUGUACAUGCACCGAGACAGGCUGUUGCUUCUCCAUCAGCCAUCGCCUCCUCAUCCGCCGCUCACGGUGGUCUCACACCGCCAUUGAACUUUACAGCAAACAUUUUGAGUCCAACAAGUGUUCAUUUGAAAUGGACCCCGGUGGCCUCCAUAAAGCCAGAUUUAUACUAUUUGGUGAAUGUCAAACAGCUUACGACGUCGUCAGGAAGCACUCUUCAGAAUCAACAAAUCAAAACUGCUGCAAAUAGUUUCACGUUGGGAAAAAUGAUCUCCGGCGAAAAGUAUGAAAUGACGAUCCGUAGCGCGUACAGCCAGGAUGUCAUAUCCCCAACUGCCGCCAUCAUCGAAAUAACAAUGCCACGUGAGAAUGAAUACUUUGAGAUUGGGAAUUUGAUAAUAAGCUCGCAUUUCAAAUCGCCAAAUAAUGGAGUGGUGAAUCUUACCUGGGAAGUGCCGCCAACAAUGAAUAAUAGAAUUUCAUCAUACAAUGUGGAAUAUUCGGAAAUGGGAAGCGGCUAUUGGCAAAAAAUCCAAUUCCAUGGUGCUUCAUCCUCAGCAGCCCUCUAUCAUUUGAAAAGCAAUACGGAAUAUUUGCUUCGUAUUAAGACAUUGAUGAUUAAUAAUAUGAUAACAGAAAGCGGGCAAUUCCGAUUCAGAACUCCGAAAGUCGAGGCAAAUCCCAUCAAAAAAGUUGAUGUUAUAUACUCGCAUGAUAUUAAUUCUGUCAAAUUGCAAUGGAUUCUCGAGCCGCAUAUUCGAAAGGACAAUGUUGCCGGCUACGAUGUGUAUUUGAGUCAGAAUAAGGACUUGCCGGAUUCGCAGUGGAGACUUGUGAGGCUCAAUAGUGCUGAGUCUUCGCUAUCACUCAAUGAUUUGGAAAGUGCAACAGUUUAUUACGUGAGAGUUAACGUGAGAAAUCUUGAUGGGUCUGUAAUUCGUGCGCCAUCAAUCUACAGAUUCAAAACAAUUGAUGCUGAGGACAACGAAGACUUUGAAGGAAAUUCGUUGUCAUAUAGAAAUAUUGCCCCAGGGGAAGUUGAAAUCAAAUGGACAUUCCCGAAACAAAUUCUUGAUGGAGUGAUUGGAUCGACGGUAUUGUAUACAGAUCGAAAAGAUCUCGCUCCAGAGCAAUGGGAGAAGGUGGAAAUUGAGGAUUCCAGAAAUACCUCUUUGGUUUUGAGAGGACUUCGUGAAGGAACUCGAUAUUCGGUUCAAAUUAUUCCGCGUCUUUACACUGGAGAUCAGGAUCUCGAAUCAAGAGAACAAUUUGAAUUGAAAACUGAUCGAAUUCGUGGCACUGAGGAUGAGGUCCGCUUCAUGUCCCAAUCUCAUCCGGCGUCAGCUCCAAAGUUCGAGCAAAUGUCGCACGCUGAAACAGAAUUUAUGCGAGUUGUUAGCUGCAAUCCCGAUGCUAUUAAGAGUAACUGCGCAUGGGAUGAAAUGUGCAUCACCCGGGUUGAAGACCGAACCAAAGGAUGGUGCAUCCCAAACACUUUAAGAGAUAGCAUCCUCAACUCAUAA